UUCUCCAACCUCGUAACAAAUUCAAUUUCUUUAGACCACUCACCCAACCUCUCAACCAAAAACAGAGGAAAAAAGACUCAAAUUUUCCGCUUUCAAGUGGCCAAUCAUUAACCAUUCAAAUUUCAUUAUCUCAAGUAACCAAACCCUAACCUUCACGACAAUGGAUUUCACCUCCGUCGCCGCCUCGGCAAAGAAAGACACGAACGGCGGCCCAGCUCUUCUAUUAGGACGGUACGAGGUCGGGAAACUCCUCGGACAUGGCGCUUUCGCUAAAGUUUACCUCGCUCGCAACAUCAAAUCCGGUGACAGCGUAGCCAUCAAAGUAAUCGACAAGGAAAAGGUGCUCAAAGGUGGGUUAAUCGCUCACAUCAAGCGCGAAAUCGCCAUCCUCCGCCGCGUGCGCCACCCGAACAUCGUCCAACUCUUCGAAGUCAUGGCCACCAAAUCUAAGAUCUACUUCGUCAUGGAAUACGUCCGUGGUGGUGAACUCUUCAACAAAGUGGCCAAAGGCCGAUUAAAAGAAGACGUCGCCAGGAAAUACUUCCAGCAAUUAAUCUCAGCUGUCAAUUUCUGUCACGCCCGCGGCGUUUACCACCGCGACUUGAAGCCCGAGAAUCUACUCCUCGAUGAAAACGGGGAUUUGAAAGUUUCCGAUUUCGGGUUGAGCGCCGUUUCGGAUCAGAUCCGACAAGACGGUUUGUUUCAUACGUUUUGCGGGACCCCUGCUUACGUGGCACCGGAAGUUUUGGCGAGGAGAGGAUACGAUGCGGCGAAAGUAGAUAUCUGGUCUUGCGGGGUAAUUCUGUUCGUUUUAAUGGCGGGGUAUUUACCGUUUCACGAUCAUAACGUUAUGGCUAUGUAUAAGAAGAUUUACAAGGGUGAGUUUAGGUGUCCGAGAUGGUUUUCGUCUGAGUUAACUAGGUUACUUACGAAGCUUCUGGAUACGAAUCCCGAAACGAGAAUAACGAUCCCGGAAAUCAUGGAGAAUCGUUGGUUUAAAAAGGGGUUUAAACAUAUUAAAUUUUACAUUGAAGAUGAUAAAUUUUGCAGUGUUGAGGAGGACGAUUAUGACGGGGGAUCAUGUUCGGACCAUUCAUCAUAUUCUGAAUCAGAAGCUGAUUUUGAAAAUAGGAGGAAAGUCGCUUCAUUGCCGAGGCCAGCUAGUUUGAAUGCGUUUGAUCUUAUCUCUUUUUCCCCGGGGUUUAAUUUAUCUGGAUUGUUUGACGGAGACGAAGGGGCGAGGUUUGUGUCCGGGGCGCCGGUUUCGAAAAUUAUAUCGAAAUUGGAGGAGAUAGCCAAAGUGGUUAGUUUUACAGUGAGGAAAAAGGAUUGUAGAGUGAGCUUGGAGGGUUCUAGAGAGGGGGUGAAAGGGCCAUUGACGAUUGCUGCUGAGAUAUUCGAGCUGACGCCUGCUUUGGUUGUUGUAGAAGUGAAAAAGAAAGGAGGGGACCGAGGAGAGUAUGAGGAGUUUUGUAACAGGGAACUGAAACCUGGGUUAGAGAAUUUGAUGCUGGAGGAAUCAGGACCUGCUGCUGCUGCCGCUUCAUAUUUACCUUCGGAUACGGAAUAGAGAUAGAGAGAGCGGAGGAAGGGAAAAGGGUAAGCUUUUCCCUUUCUCUGUUUUUCUAUUCCUUUUGCUAAGGCUUUUGUAUCAUAAACGAUUCUUUUUUUCGCUCCUUUCGAUUUUGUUUUUGGCUUGCUAUUAAGGCUUUAGACGACUUGAUAUAUUUGUUUCUAUGAUCUAUUCUUGUAUCGAGAAGGAUAGAUUAGAUUACAGGGAAUUGGAUACAAAUUUCUACUAAUCUUAGCAAUUGGAUUUCUGGCUUGUAUAUACUCAUCAACUUUAUUGAGAAAUGAAUUAAUGACACAUUAAUGUUGUCAAAUUACGAGAUUGGUCUAUUUACCCACCCAAAAAAUGAUAAUUUUUUUUACAAUAAUUUGACUAAAUUUUGUUUCUGUACUUUUGGGAUUGUAAAAUUUCAAUUCAAAAUCUAAAAUGAGUUACAAAAUCCAUGUGGCCAGCAGAGUUUAGUGUUUUCUGCUGGUAUAUGAAAGUUUGUCGAUCUUGUUGGUUUUAACUAGAAGAAUUAAAACCUAAUUUGGAACCAUAAAAAAUGUGAAGCAGCCGUUUUGAAGGUAUGGUGAUUAGGAGAUUUUUUUUAUGUAUGCGGAAAAGUUUUCGCCUUCUCGUAGUAAUGUUUGCCCGUCUUUCCACUUAAGGUCGUAGAUAGA